AUGUCAAGAGUUCACCGCUUCACUGUUUUAGUUUGCUUCAAUAUCUUCAUUAUAUUCUUCCUCUUCAACCAUAGCAAGAUCACGUGCUUUUUUUCCAAGUACGGAACUGAAGUUGAAAAUUUAAAAAAUUCAAGUAUUCCAAAUGUACAAGUGCUAUCAAAUGAAUCGUUCGAUACAACAAUAUUUGCUGAUGUUGAAUUCCCAAUUAUAUCACAAUACGUAUUGAACCCAACUGAUUUGUGCUCGAGAGGUAUAAAAAAUGAGGUGAAGCUCUCCUUGUUGAUUUUAGUCAUAUCAGCCGUUCCUAAUAUAAUCCAACGCGUAACUAUCAGAGAAACGUGGGGAUCAAUAGCAUCUGCUAGCAACAACACCGGACCUAUCAGAUUAGGCUUUUUGUUAGGAAGUACGACUAGUGAAGAACUACAGCAACGGGUUAGAGCAGAAGCCACUCACUUUGGCGAUAUUAUUCAACAAGAUUUCAUGGAUACUUACCGGAACUUGACCUUGAAGUCUAUUAUGUUAUUAAAGUGGGCGAAAGAAUUUUGUCCAAAUGUCCAAUACGUGUUAAAAACCGAUGACGACAUGUACAUCAACGUACCAAAUUUGAUUGAUUUUUUGAUAAAGACGCCCACAAAAUCGAACAUAAUGUAUGGGUAUCUGUUUCGAAAGGCUAAGCCUAACAGAAAUCCCUCUCAUAAGUGGUUUGUGCCAAAAAGCCAGUUUGCUGCGGACAUGUUCCCAGAUUACUUGUCUGGUACAGGUUAUGUGAUGAGCCGUGAUGUUGUUCCGAAACUUCUUGAAUCAGUGUAUGUUGUUCAGUUUUUUUUAAUGGAGGAUAUAUUUAUAACCGGUUUUUGUGCGGGUGAAAGUCGUAUUAGUAGACACCAUGUGAAAAGUUUCUCAUAUUGGCGAAGACCUGCAACAGGAUGUGCUUUCAAAGACGCAAUUUCGGGUCAUCAUGUGACAACACAUGAUAUGAUCAAAAUAUGGAAAGAACUAAAUAAACGCAAUUUAGUUUGUCAUAAGAAAAAGAAAAAUUCAUAA